GCUAUAUGCUGUUGGGUUUUUUCUUCCAGUCCCGAAGUCUUCCACAAGACUGUUUAUGGCUUGAUUAUGUAAACGACUUAUCUGAUGUAAACGUUUGAUAAAGCCGUUACAGUCUUCAGUACGACACAUUUAGCCAACAGAUUAGUUAGAAUAGUCCAAGUUUUCAGAGUUUUGCAGUCAUGACUGAAGAAACGUGGGAUGUUGUUAUUGUUGGCGCUGGGCUAUCAGGACUGAGUGCUGCUCAGACUCUGCGGAAGAGAAAUGGCAAACUUAGAAUAUUAAUUCUGGAAGGAAAAGACCGGGUAGGAGGACGAACUGUUACCCAGGAAUUACCUGCCGCCGGCGGCAUUGAUCGCUGGGAUAUGGGAGGGCAGUGGGUUGGCAGCACUCAGACAUACGUCAUGGACCUCAUUCAGGAGUUUGGCCUGGAGGUCUACACACAAUACACCACAGGCAAGAAGGUGCACCACGUUGGAGGUCCUCAUGCCAAGGUUCGCACCAGCAGCACCAGUAUCCCUGCCCUCUCUCCACUGGUGCUACUGGACCUGUCACAGCUCUUGCGGCAGAUUGACAGGUUGAUUGCCACAGUGUCAGUGGAGGACCCCAUGAAGACCCCCAAUGCCCAGGAGUUGGACAGUAUGACCCUACACUCCUACAUAGAGAAACAUGCCUGGACAGAAGAGAUGAAGGAGGAGAUGGGUGUGUGCAGCCGGGUUUUGUUUGGCAUGGAGCCAAAUCAAAUGUCCUUCCUCUACUUCCUCAUGUAUGCUGCAGCAGCUGGAGGCGUCCUGUGCCUGCUGGAGAGCACCCCAGGCUCAGCGCAGGAGUUCAGGGUCAAGGGGGGAACCCAGCAGCUGUCAGAGCGUUUAGCCCAGCAGAUUGGGAGGGAGAGUGUCCGGCUGGGCCAGGCUGUGACGGCCAUAUGGCAGGAUGCUGAGCAGGCCAAGGUGAUGACAGCCACCCAGUCCUACUUGUGCAGAGCAGUGAUUGUCACCUGCCCUCCUCACCUGGCAGCUAAGAUCCACUACCAACCUGCUCUACCCAGUCAGAGAGAACACCUCACACAGAACAUGCCUGUUGGGCACUUGAUGAAGUUUAUCAUCACCUACCAGAUGGCGUUCUGGCGUGAGAAGGGUUUCUCGGGAGAGAUAGUGGCACGGCCCUCUGCGGAGUGUCCCUUGAGCGUCACCUUCGACGGCACCAGUCCCAGCGGAAGUGCUGCUCUCGUGGGCUUCAUCUCUGGCGCGCAGGCCUACGAUUGGAGCUCCAGAGAGCUGAGCGAGAGGAGGGAUGCUGUCGUCCUCAGCCUGGUGAAAUACCUGGGAGAGGAGGCUGCUAGCUACAUCCACUAUGAGGAGAAAGACUGGGCCUUGGAGGAGUACAGCGGGGGGUGUCCUGUUAAUGUCAUGGCACCAGGGAUGCUGACAUAUUACCACCACAGCCUCCGCAGGCCCUGUGGCAGGAUCCACUGGGCCGGCACGGAGACGGCCACCCAGUGGUGUGGCUACAUGGAUGGGGCAAUUCAGUCAGGUCAGAGGGCAGCCCUGGAGGUCCUAGCCAAGCUGUGCCCUUUCACCCUGACUCAAGAGGAGCAGGAGGCUGUGCAGGCUGCCCAGAACCAGAACCAUGAGUCUGGACCAUGCCAACCCAUACCUUCCACAUCCCAUCUCCGUAGGGCUCUGAUCAUCAUAACGCUCAUGGCCACUGCUGUACUAUUGGCUCAGCCACAGCUCCACCGAGACUGGAUUGGACAGGCUCGGCAGGUAGUGCUGCGGAGGUUUGCUUUGUGGCAGUAAAAAAUGCUGUUGUGUUGACAAAACAUCCACUUGAGAGGGAAAUGCCACCGUUCACAGAUAUGUAAAGAUGUUUAAUAAGAUUGAAUUAUCUGUGACAUACAGUACGGUAAACACUCUGUUUGUCGAGUGGACAUUUUUCAUUUAAAGAAAUGUAUUGCUUGUACGGUAUAAUGGGUAUAAUA